CUUUUUUUUAUUCUCACUUUAGAAGCUGUGUUUCGUGUUUCUGUGUUACACCAUGGAGGAAGAGGAGCAACCCACUGAAACGACGUCGCUGUUCCCCGCUUACGUCCAGCACCCACCGCCUCAACUUCUCCCUUCCGACCCCAACAAGGGCGCUUCCGCCGCGUCGCAAUGGCUGCAGAACACCAGCUUCACCACCGACCUUUCUGUUAUAAACGACGCCGUGACGAAAUACGACCUCCCCCGUGAAGGACAACAACAAGAAGAAGAAGAUAAAGUGGAAGAGGUUAAUACCGACAAGCGGCCGCCGCAGUACGAGAUGGUGCCGUCCGAGGCGACCGCAUCUUCCGACGAAGAGCAUAGGAAAAGGAAAAAGAAGAAGAAAAGGAGGAAGAGGGAGGAGUCAACUGGUUCGCCCCCAUUGUAUAACUAUGCUGCAACUCUAUCUUCGUCGAGAAAUUCGGGUUUUCAGAAAUGGGCUUCUUCUUCUACUUCAAAUGAUAAAGACUACUACUUUGAUUCUCGUGGAGAUCGCGAUAAUUUAGCAUUUGGUUGCAUCUACAGAAUGGAUGUUGCUCGCUAUAAGCUUUACAAUUCUAAGAAAGUUUCUGGAAACAACUAUUUUCUGCGGACUAAGAAGGUUGGUCUGGAGAGGGAUAGUGAUAUUGAUGCAUUGGAUACAAAUCUUAGAUCAGGGGGUCGCUAUUGGUCUGCGAAGUUUGCUGCUAUCGAGCGUCAUAAGAACUUGAAACGAGUGCGAGUUCUUGCUCCUAGCAAACCUGGUAGGAGUUCGCUUGCUGAUUUUAUCCCCUUAUCGGCUGAAAAUUCUAAUAGUAGCCUAGUUUCGAGUGUAUCAGUAGUUGAAGAGUCCUGGGAAGAUGAGGUGUUGCGAAAAACAAAGGAGUUCAAUAAAAUGACAAGGGAGCGUCCUCAGGAUGAGAGUUUGUGGCUGGCGUUUGCAGAGUUUCAAGACAAGGUGGCUAGUAUGCAGUCUCACAAAGGCGCUCGUUUGCAGACUCUUGAGAAGAAGAUUAGUAUUCUGGAGAAGGCAGCUGAGCUUAACCCGGAGAGUGAAGAUUUGCUCCUUUCUCUUAUGAAUGCUUAUCGGAGUAGGGAUACCACUGAUGUCUUGAUUAGGAAAUGGGAGAAGAUACUCAUGUCCAAUUCUGGGAGUUACAAGCUGUGGAGAGAAUUUUUAUGGGUAGUUCAGGGUGAAUUUUCCAGAUUCAAGGUUUCUGACAUGAGGAAAAUGUAUGCUAAUGCAAUUCAAGCCUUAGCUGGUGCUUGCAUAAAGCAGCAUAGGCAGGUUCAUCCAUCUGGCAAUGCAACUUCUGUUGAUCCGGCAAUUAUUCAACUAGAACUUGGUUUGGUUGAUGUUUUUAUUGGUCUUUGCCGUCUUGAGUGGCAAGCAGGUUAUCAGGAGUUGGCCACUGCUUUAUUUCAGGCAGAGAUUGAAUACAGUAUGUUUAGCCCCUUCGGUCUUUCUGAACAAAGUAAGCGAAGACUGUUUGAGCACUUUUGGGGUAGUAAUGGUGCCAGAAUUGGAGAAGAUGGAGCCCUUGGAUGGUCAACAUGGCUAGAGAAAGAGGAGGAACAGAGACAGAAGCUUGCAAGUGAGGAGGCCUCAAACGUAGUUGAAGAAGGUGGUUGGACGGGUUGGUUUGAACCAUUAUCCAGAACUCAAGAAACCGAAAUGCCAGAAAGUAUUUCUGAGAAUGAUUUGGUUGCUGAGGAAUUUGAUGUUGAAAACACAAAGGAUGUUGAGCAGAAGGAUGAUGUUGAGUCUUUGCUUAAAGCUCUCGGGAUUGAUGUUGCUGCUGAAGCUGAUAUCAAAGUCAAAGAUACAAAAACAUGGACUAAGUGGUCAAAGGCAGAGAUGUCCAGGGAUCUUGAUCAGUGGAUGCCUCUUCGCCCAGAUUCUGGUCAUGUUUCUCAUGAUGCUGCUACGGCUGAUGCAGAAGAUGAUGAGCAGCUUUUGAGCAUAAUACUGUAUGAAGAUGUGAGUGAUUACCUGUUCUCAAUAAAUUCUGAGGAAGCUCGGAUGUCUCUUGUUUCCCAGUUUAUAGAUUUCUAUGAUGGGAGGAUAGCUCAAUGGACUUGCACAAACAGUUCGAGUUGGGUUGAGAAGACACUUAGUUUAGAGAGCCUUCCUUAUUCCCUUCUAGAGGAUUUGAGAAAAAUGCAUGAUGUGGUAAAUGGAAAGCUGAGCAAUCCGAUUAGUAUCAGUUUGGAGCUUCUUUUGAACAGUUUGGAUGACUCAAACAUGAGAAGCAACAUGAUGAAGUUUCUGCGGAAUGCUAUCUUACUUUGUUUAAAAGCAUUUCCAAAAAACUACAUCUUGGAGGAAGCUGCUCUUGUUGCUGAAGAGUUAUCAAACACGAGAAUGGAUUCAGUAAGCUGUUCUGUGACCCCAUGUCGAGCUUUGGCUAAGACUUUACUGAAAAACAAUAGGCAGGAUUUAUUGCUAUGUGGAGUAUAUGCUCAACGAGAAGCAUUUUUUGGGAAUAUUGAUCACUCUAGAAAGGUUUUUGACAUGGCCUUAUCUUCUAUAGAGGGGCUUCCACUGGAUGUUCGCCCAAAUGCGUCUCUUUUGUAUUUCUGGUAUGCAGAAGUGGAGCUUGCAAAUAAUCCUUCUGAAAAUUCUGACUCCUUGCCCCGUGCAAUGCAUAUCUUGUGUUGCUUGGGCAGUGGGGCAAGAUAUACUCCAUUUAAAGGUCAACCAUCAAGUCUGCAACAACUGAGAGCCCGCCAGGGGUUCAAAGAUCGUAUAAAAAUGCUAAGUACCACUUGGGCACGUGGUAUUAUUGAUGAUCAUUCUGCUGCUCUCAUCUGUUCAGCCGCUUUGUUUGAAGAGUUGACUUCUGGAUGGGCUUCUGCCUUGGAAAUUUUGGAACACUCUUUUACAAUGGUGCUUCCAGAGAGGAGGCGGCAUAGUCGCCAACUUGAAUUUUUGUUCAACUAUUAUGUGAGGAUGCUUUGUAAAAACCGAAUGGAACUCAAAAGUUCAAAAAUAUGGGAAGCUAUUGUGAAAGGGUUGCAGAUAUACCCUUUCAGUCCAUGUCUGCACAAUGCUUUGGUUGAAGUCAGCCAUCUUUACUCUUCACCCAAUAAACUGCGGUGGACUUUCGACGAUUACUCCCAAAAGAAGCCAUCUGUCAUUACGUGGCUCUAUGCAUUGUCAUUUGAGAUGAGCACCGGGGGUUCUCAGCAUAGAAUACGUGGACUCUUUGAGAGGGCGUUGGAGGAUGACAAAUUGCACAAUUCGGUGAUUCUUUGGCGUUGUUACAUUGAAUACGAGAGGACUGUAGCAUGCAAUACCUUUGCAGCUAAGAGAGUGUUCUUUCGUGCGAUACACGCAUGUCCCUGGUCAAAAAAGCUGUGGCUUGAUGGUUUUCUCAAGCUCGACUCCAUAUUGACGGUUAAAGAGCUGUCGGACCUCCAAGAAGUAAUGCGAGAUAAGGAACUCAAUCUCAGGACUGAUAUAUACGAGAUUUUAUUGCAAGAUGAGAUGGAUGCUUAGCCUCUCAAUUGUCUUCCCUACCAUAACACAUUGGGGUCAAACUAGCUCUUCUGCUGUUGCAUAGCUUCAAGUACUUGGUCAUUCUUCUAAUUCCAGUAUCAGUUGGAUCAGUAUCCAAGUACUUACCUGUGAUAACUACGAUUGUGAUAAAUGGAGUAUUCAGAAUCAGAAGUGUGAUCUUGGCCUGUGCAUUAGCCAUCUGCACCUCAUCAUAAUGUAAACUUGUACAUUAUUUAAUACGUAAUAUUGCAUGUUGUUAUA